CGAGUCAGCGCUACGUGCUUUAAAGAUGGCGGUACGUGUGAGUGUGGGAUCUGAUGUUUUUAUUAGCCUCAAGUUUGUGAUUUGAAGUACUGUAUUUAGGCAGACGUCUAACGCUAGGUUUCCGUAGAUCGCUUAGCCUCGCGCUCUCCGUCGUUCACAUGCGUGAGGGCGGACAGACGAUGUGAUCGGUCCCCGCGCUUGGAGAGGUAGAGUCGGUGGCCAGUUUGACAUGCUAAAACUGACAGCUGUAAUCAGCUAGCUGUUCACGUACACUUAAGGGCAUCGUGCACGAAACCUUCGGCAAAUGUGGCCUGUGCUUCCAACACUAGUCAGAUAACAGCCGUAGCCUCUCGAGUCAUACGUUUGGGAAGUAAGAUAAGGUGCUUUGCCAUUGUUAGCAGGUGACCUGUCAGUCACUGAAUGCUUCUGGUGCCGUUACGUUGACUUUACAUGCUACAUUGACACAUUACGAGCCCAUAUAUACAUUAGUCUUGUGUGUUUACGUUGCUUUUAUUUACUCUGCCAAGCACCUGCUGCAUUUUGAAGCCGUUUUAAUGAAUUGCUCGUGCUAGUAGUUUUGACUGGCGGUCUGCCUCUCUGAACAGGACAGGAUUAAAGCCCCGAAUGACUGGAACUUUUCAUGGUGUAAUUAAUUUUGGGUCAUUUUUCCUAUACCAUUUUGAGGUAGUAGAAUGCUAUCCCGAGCUUUAAGGAAAUCCCUUUCCUAUGGAAAUCCACUAGUCGCGGGUUUCACUGGGAGCUAUUGUAGUCGUCUGUGUUUUCAUCAGACCGCCGUGUGUAAAGUUGCUUCGCAAGCUGAACGUGGCUUCAAACCCGCAAAGGUGGCUGUUGUGACUAAAACCACACGAUAUGAGUUCGAGCAACAGAGAUAUCAGUACGCGGGACUAUCUGAGGAGGAUCUCAAACAGCUGCUUGCCCUGAAAGGAUCCAGUUACAAUGGGCUUCUGGAGAGACACAAUAUACACACCUUCAAUGUUGGACAGAUUGUGGACAGCCUACAGAAAGAAGGGAUCGAGGUGCGUAUUGUCAAAAGAGGCGAGUAUGACGAGGACACAGUACGAUGGGCUGAUGCCAUCAUCUCUGCUGGAGGUGAUGGCACCAUGCUGCUAGUUGCCAGUAAAGUGUACGAUAAAAACAAACCUGUAUUGGGGGUCAAUACAGACCCAGAAAGGUCAGAAGGUCACCUGUGUUUACCUGUGCACUAUACGCAUGCCUUUUCUGAGGCCUUACAGAAACUCAGGAAGGGUGAGUUCAGGUGGCAGUGGCGUCAGCGGAUCCGGAUGUACUUGGAGGGCACCGGGAUCAACCCGACUCCAGUGGACCUGCAUGAGCUGCAGCUGAGCCUCGAGCAGCACAGCAAAGCGCACCGGAUCACCACAGACACUCAGAGCAAUACGAGACAUGACAGUCCUGAAAGGCCUCAUCUGCUGCCUGUCCGUGGGCUCAAUGAGAUCUUCAUCGGGGAGUCCCUGUCCUCCAGGUUGAAGUAUAAAUCCUUCAAACCCCAUCUUACCCUCUCGCUUCAUAGGGCUUCAUACUACGAAAUCUCCAUCGACGACGGGCCGUGGGAGAAGCAGAAGAGCUCAGGGCUUAGCAUUUGCACUGGAACUGGAUCUAAAGCCUGGUCCUACAAUAUUAAUAAGCUCGUCGAGCAAGCAGUGGAGGAUGUCCUUAGAAUAGCUAAAUUAAAAACAGGUUUGGACGUUCCUCUAAAUCAGGAAUUCAUUGAGAGUGUGACCGAAACAUACAACGAGUCGCUGAUCUUCAGCCCAGAGGAGGACAAACUUUUCUUCAGUAUAAGAGAGCCGAUAGUCAACAGAGUAUUUUCUAAUAGCCGACAAAGAGGUUUUGCCAAAAAGGUUUGUGUCCGCUCAAGGUGUUGGGACGCCUGCAUGGUGGUGGACGGCGGGACGUCCUUCGAGUUUAACGAUGGUGCCAUUGCUACAAUCAUCUUGAAUGAAGAAGACCUGUUGCGAACUGUCAUUCUUGAUUAAAUCCUUUGAUACGUCAAACUCUUUAUUUAUUGAGGACUGAAGAAUCGUCUUUUAAAGUCUUUUGACGGCAGCAGGUUCUUUAAGCACUGAGUUUUAAGGGAUGAUGGGGUUUGCGGAUGAAAUGUUCAUUUGUACUGGUAUAUAUCAGGAUUUCACACUUCUGUAGUCUGCGCUUAAUUAAAUGACCCCCUUGGUUGCAGCCUUCAGAAAGGACAUUAAAACACUUUCCCCACCAGGUGCACCAGAAAUAUAUUUUGUUACAUCUGUUGGUGUAUAAUGCUCCAGAAUGGUGAUGAAGGUUCACGUUUAAGCACGUAUUAUAAACUUUUCUGAAUACCGUUGUGCCAAACACAAAUUUUGUAAAUGCAGAAAUCAAUCACUUCUGAAACUGCAACCUGAAAAAUACUUGAUUUUACGUUUUUUUGGAAGCACAACAUGGCUAAAGUUUGGGUGUGGAGUCAAACUCCAAAGCAUUAUGCAAGAACCAGUUUAAAACAUACUAGAAAUUUGGAAAACCGUUUUCAGGAUCCUUAAUGAUUUAAAACUUUUUUUUUUUUUGUAAGAGUUUGUGAAACACCACAAUGCAAAGAAUAUGGAAGUGGGAAAAAAACUCACAUGGGGAUGGCUUUAAAUAAAAUGCAAUACAUUUAUUUACACUUUAGACAAUGUAAACAAUUCAUUAAACUUACAUGUCUAGUGACAACCGAAGUUGUACAAAAUUCAAGUUUUACAAUAUUAAAACUGCUCAGAAAAAUG